AUGGAGACACCCGAAUGCAAAGAGAAUCAUAUUUUAAUCGGAAAAUGUGUUGUAGUUGGCGAUGAGCGGGUCGGCAAAUCAUGCUUCAUUUCUCGUCUAUGUGGCCAACCGUUUCGGAAUACGUAUUCAGCGACUUUGGUCGAUAUGGCACCAGUAAAAACCACGAAAGAUGGGAAUCUUAUGCUCGUUGACUGCUGGGACACACCAGGAGCUCAUAACCUGGAAAAAAUACGUUUUUUGGCCUACCAGAAUGCGCACAUCUUUGCUAUUUGCUUUUCUGUUGCAAUUGUGGAGUCUUUUGAACACAUCCGCAGCAAAUGGCUCAAGGAGGUACGCGAAAACGGACCGAAAAAUGCUGUUCUUUUUCUAAUUGGUCUACAAAACGACCUUAGGGCCGAUGAGUCGAUUAAUAAGGAACUUAGGUCAAAGGGACUCGAAAUGCCAACAAUAGAUCAGUGUUCAGAUUUGGCUGAAAGCAUUGGGGCUGUUAGUUAUUUUGAGUGUUCCUCCAAGGCGAACGUCGGUUUUGAAAAUAUUCUUGACGCCAUGAAGGAGACUGUUCAAAAUCCCAUCAAAAUUGUGCGUCACGCUUCGGUUUCAUCUCCAAGAGGGAGUCUUACAGGAUUCCCCAGUAAUGUCCCGAAGACCAGCCUCCAAAAUACCCAGAGAACAUCGGGGCUCUAA